AUGGACUCCUUCGUGGUUGUUGCUCUGUUUCUACUCUCAUCAUGUGAAGCCCAAGAGACUCCUGUGUUUAAGCGAACAGGAAUGGAUUUACUCCUGGAUGUAAAGGAAGUUACCCUAGAAGAAGGACACGAUUUAACAUGGCUUUUUAAUGGCAGAACUACUAUUGGAAGACUAUUUCAUGGUGGUAAACCAAUAAUUUUGGGGAGUUAUAAAUCAAGAGCUGAAUUUUUUGAACAAAAUCACUCUCUGCUGUUGAAGAAUGUUCAGCUGAGUGACAGUGGAGUUUACACAGCACGUGUUAACGGUGACAAUGUCACUGAUGUAGCCAAAUACAAACUCACAGUUCAGGAUCCAGUGUCUAGAGUAGAACUGAUGGUGAAAUCCUGCAGCUCAGACUGGUCUAACCUCACAGUGAUCUGCAGAACUCUGGACUCUCUCAUCAGCAGCACGUUCACAUGUAAAAACCAAACCUGCUCUCACGACAGAGGAGAGGGAACCACACCUGGUGCUUCUCUGGAUGUCUACCUGGAGAAUGGCUCAGUCAUCUGUAACCAUAGCAACCAGGUCAGCUCAGAAGAGGAUGCCAGAAAGAUUGAAGAUCUUUGUAGAAGGACUUCUGAACAUCACAACCAGAUCCAUGAAGCAACUCUCACUCCCAUCCUUCUUGCCAUUGUCCUCGUCCCUCUGGCUGGAGUAAUUGUUGGAGCAUUACUUUAUCAACAGUGGAAAAGAAAACAGCAUCCAGAAGAAAUGGAAAAUACGGUUUAUGCAGAUCCUGAGGCUCUGAAUACAGGCCUGCCCAUGGAGAAGAGACCAACAAAUGAUGCCUCAGCUGAUCCUCCACCCACCAUCUACUCCCUUUUAGGGCCUGUCACAGGACCCACAGAGCCCACAGGCCCCACGAGCCAAGAAGCACCCACUCAGAUCAGAGUCAACACUCAGCCAGAAAGCCUGUACGCUACAGUUGAAAAACCUGCAAAGUCUUGAACCAAUUCUGCACAAAUUCUGUUCCACACACUGCAGUUUCAGAAAACGAAGACGUCUGGCUGCAAUUUCCUUUGCCGUCCGCUGAUCAUUGUUGACUCUGAUGAGUCUCUUGAGUCCUGUCAGUGAUGCUGUAAGCAAAUUCAUGCAAGCCAACCUGUGCCCAAGCAUGCUUGAACACCAAAAUCCAGCUUGUUUGACCAGUUUGAAUGCAACAUACCAUGCUGAAGCAUGGAUGACCUCCUUGGCUGUGGCUCAGAUGGAAAAGGUGGACUUUGCUAUCAUGUUGUCUGAUUCAGUCAAUCUUUAUUUGUGUAGCACCAAUUCAUAACCAAAGCUAUCUCAAGACUCUUUACAACGAGAGCAGGUUUAGACUUGACUCUCAGCUUUAUUGUAACGACUGAACGUUAAUUACCAUGAGCUCAGCGCUAAACAUUUAACAAAGUUACACUGGAAAAGAAGAACUUCAAGCAGAUCCAGACUGAUUUUGAAAAGCUGAAACCAUGAGGGGUUGAAAGGGUUAAAGGGGGAAACAGAAAGAGGAGGGAGGUGGAGAAAAGAGAGAGAGAGAGGUGAAGGAAAACAGAAAAUAUGCAGAGCAACAACAAAGAAUAUGAUAUGUUAAAGUAUAAAUAAACCCCCAGCUCAGAGCUAACUCCGCCCACUUCACUUUUGAAAAAUGACCAGAAAAUGGGCAGUUUGGUACUGAGAGGAGGGAGGGGAAAAAGACGGGGUUUUCUAGAUGAGGCAGGAGUGACAGUGAAGUUCCCUUGCCAGAAAGUGACACAGAGUCCUGCAGCACUGCUGCCUCAGAGUGAUCUUUUGAGGUGGAGGAUUUUUCCCCUCCAGAGUCCCUGAAGCAGGCUGUAGCGUGGUGGUGGACCAUGGUGGUCCUGAGCACUACCUGUUUGGGCCAGCUUUGCCUCCAGCACCAGGGUAACUAAAGCUGGAGCCGAGGCAGUGCAGGUGCAGGAGAGGAUUGGAGCGGUCAUUAAAGGGUAAAGUUGGUUAGAGGUGGUAAUGUUCUACCUUUUAUGUAAAGUUAGGUUUCUUCGUCACAUAAGCCACAACUUUUCAGAAAAGAUAUUUCAAAGCAGAUGUCAGUUUGAGCUAAUUAAAAACCAUGAAAUGCAGAUUUUUGUUAUCAGUUUGUUGUAAAUGUCAGAAAUAACACCAGCAUUGAUGUGUUUUAUCAUAGUUCAGUCAGAUUCUUCAGUGUACAGCUGAAAAAAAUGUUAAAGUGUUCACUACCUCUUUAAUGGCUGCCCUGGCCAGCUUCCAUUUUUAAGGUUAUAGCCAUAAGGGCAGUAAGGAUAGUACUAAUAAGUGAAAAAAUUGCAGUAAUAAUUACGAUAGAAGACUAAAUACUUUGAUAUUAGCAUUGGCAGCUAAGUUCCACAUUAUAAUAAAAUGUUGAAGACUGAUAUUGGUAGUUGUAGCAGUUAAAGUAGAGCUAAUCUCAGAGCCAAUGUAGCUCUCUAUUAUAAAAGAUGUUGAUGCUGGUAGAUGAAGCAGUCGUAGACGGGCUGGUCCACAGCAGUAGACUGUUGAUGUCCAGUCUAUUAACUGGUUGUGCUACCCUUGGUGGAAACACCUGCAAGCAGGUGUUUGUGAUAACUAGAAGUGGGUGUUUCUGUGGAGGAAUUUUUGCCCACUCUUCUUGCAGAAUUGAUUUGAUUAAUCCACAUUUGAGGGUUUCCAGUUUGAGUGGUCUGUUAAAGCUCCCGCCACAGCAUUUCAAAUAGAUUUAAGUUGUCUCGGCCAGUGGUUCUCAACUAGUUGGGUCACUGGACCCACCAUCAACUCCUCGAAGAGAAAUGCGUCACAUAUUUAGGAGAUUUUUUUGGUCAGUCAGAUGUAUUAUAUAAAUGAUAAUAAAGAAAAUAAUAGAGCUUGGGCCUAAGACGGUACAAAAGUAUAACAAAACAAUAAAACAGGACAAAACAUGCAUGAUUCAUAGCAUCUCAUAGACAAUAUGAUGCAAUGUUUUUCCCAGGCACACAUCCAUGACCCACUGAAAAGGGCUUCUUGACCCACUUUAGGGCCCAUCAGUUGAGAACCACUGGUCUAGGCCACACCAAAACCUUAUUUUGUUUUUUUUUUAAACCAUUCAGAGGUGGACUAGCAGGUGUGUUUCAGCCAUUGUCCUGCUGCAUAACCCACAUACACUUUAACCUGAGGUCACUAACCGAUGGAUAUCCUUCUUCAGGAUUUUCUGGUAGCGAGCAGAAUUCAUGGUUCCAUCAGUGACAGUAGGUAGUCCUGAUUCUGGAGCAGCAAAGCAGCCCCAGACCAUCACUCUAGCACCACCAUGUUUGACUGUUGAGAUGUAAAAUCUCAACUUUUGGUCCACAACAUUUUUUCCCAAAGGUCUUGGGGAUCAUCAAGAUGUUUUUUAGUCAGAUGUGAGAUGAGUCUUUGUAUCCCUCUUUGUCAGCUGGUUUACACAUUGGAACACUACCAUGGAUACUAUUUUUCAAAGUUUUCCAGUAUUCUUCUUAGUCAAGAGUGAAGUAAGGGACACAAAAUCUGUCACAAACAUUUUAAAACAAUUAUUCUGUUAGUUAUUUGAUUUAGAAAAGUGGGUUUUUAUAUAGUUCUACAAAUAUUUUUUGUUUUUUUAUUUUUGUUUAUUAAAAAUGGAAAGGAAAAAAAACAACAAAAUUAUUUAUCAGAACUCAGGAAAGUGUUUGUCUGAUUAACUGAUUAUUAGAUUAGUAUUAGUAUUAAUGGUUAGUUGCAGCCCCACUCUUCUUCAGGAUACCGUCUGUUUUCACCUGGUGGAGUUUAUGACCUCCGCGAUCUCUUAGCACAUUGGGAUAGUUGUGACUUACGCACCUCUGCUGGUCACUUGUCUUUAUCUGAUGAGUCUUCUUAAUCGAAGCUCUCCAUGAGGUUUAUUCCUGUAACAGUUUACCUCUACUUCAUUUAAAUGCCAUCAUUUAAGUAGCUAAACAGUCAUUGGCAGUAUUAUUAUUAUUAUUAUUAUUAUUAUUAUUAUUAUUAUUAUUAUUAUUACUUUUAUUUGUCAGGGACCAUGUACAGAAAAAACAAACUCAUCAGAGUAGAGAUGCUCUGCACCAGAUUAUAGCUGUCUAGCUAAUUUCCAUCUGUAGUCCCUGUGGCAGGCAAAAGAGAAAAUAAGGUAUAGAUAUGAAGUCCAUUUACAGUACAGAAAGUGUAUAAAAGCAUAGAAAAAUACAUUUUUUUCAUAGAAAGUGCAUAUAUUCAAUUUUAGUGCAAAGACAAAGAUUUAAAACAAAGGCAUACACUCACUCACACUCAAAGGCAUAGAAAUAUAAUUAUUAAAAGAAUUUAUGUUAAAAGACUGGUCAAUGCUGACAGGCUUGAUUUCUAAUAUGAGGUAUGAGGAGACCUUUCCAUAGUGUCAGGUCAUGGUGCAAUAAACAAAAAUAGCAGCUGCAUUGUGGUGAUCAUAAUAAAUAUUUCUGUUUUUAUAACGGUAGAUUGGUAAAACUGGUACAUACAAUACAAACAGCUUUUUACACAAAUAUGGUGUCUUAACUCUGAAUCUAGGUCUGUAUAAUGUCAUAUACACUGGAGAUCAAAAUUAGAGAACAAUCCACAAUUUCCUACAUUUCAAGUUCUCUGAAUUGCCCUGUUUUAAAAUGAUCCAGACACAAGAAAAAGAGCAGAAUUUUAAGCAUAUUGCAUGUGUUACAUAUAAUGUGAAGCACAGUAUAAAAAACUUAAAUGAAAUAUUUAAAAAGAACACUGAUCAAAAUUAGAGAACACUUUCAGAUACCUCCCAGUAAUCGGUGAUAGCCUGGCACCUGGUGCUAAUUUCCUUACUUAUCUGACAAACCCUAUUUAACUUGCAGUCUAACUUCCAGUUUUCACUGACUUCACAAGACAGUGAGCCAUUCUAAAGUGACCGAAACCCUCCGGCAGCAGGUUGUCCAGAUGAAGGCCAAAGGGAUGACCCUGUCAACCAUAGCAAGAGAAGUUGGCUGUUCUAAAUCUGUGAUUUCAAGAAUAUUACAUCUGUAGAAAGUCACAAACUCAUUCAAGUCCACCAAGAAGGCCGGUCGUCCACAAAAGACAACUAAAAGAGAGGACAAUUAAUAUGGAGAACCUCAAUGGACAAUUGGUUUAACACUGCGGCUGGAAUUGCUCACCAGUUCAUCACUGAACAGGGACUCUGUCUCAUCAUACAGUGUCUUGACGUUUAAGAACAUUUGGACUGAAAGCCCACUCAGCAGUGACCAAACCUCUCAUUAGCAGAAAGUAUCAAACAGCUAGACUAACCAUUGCUGAGGGACAUGUUGUGUGGACAGAAGAAAACUGGUCCAAAGUUUACUUCAGUGAUGAAAGCAAGUUUCAUUUAUUUGGAUCCAAUGGAAAACAUUCUGUAAAUCAUCAAACUGGGGAAAGACUGAACCCAAAGUGAAUAAAGAAGUCAAUGAAAAGUUGAGGAGGAAGUGUCAUGGUUUGGGGAUGUUUUCUGCAGCGGGAGUUGGGCCUCUUGUACAGCUACAUGGCUGAGUGAAUGCAAAUGAAAACACUGAAAUAUUGAAAUAGCCAGCCCAGAGUCCUAAUCUAAACGGAAGAGAAAACCUCUGAAAAAUCCUUGGCGACAAAGUUAUGGCCAAUAAACCCACUACAGUCACUGAACUGUGGAAGAGACUGGAAGAAGAGUGGACCAAAAUCACACCAAAAAAGUAUGAGAGACUGGUGACGUCCUGUGGCUGUAGAUGUGCUCAAGUCAUUCAAAGCAAAGGCCUGUACACUUCCUACUAAUUUUUGACUGCCAUAACCUUCAGAAAAUUUUGCUAUAAUCUUUCUUUGAGCUACAGGCAUUGCUGUUCUUUAAUUUUGAUCACUGUGUUUUCCACAAAAUAAUUAUUGUUUGUUGAAGUUCCUUUCUCUGUUUUAAAAUACUGUUCCAGUAGCAUGGUAUUGCUACAACAAAAAAUCCUUCAAAUGUUGAGCAAUGAAUAUUACAUUAUUUUGGAAUAAAUCAAGUGUUCAUAAAUUGUUCUCUAAUUUUGAUCUCCAGUGUAUAGAGGUCUGAACUAUGCAUGGAUAUUUCAGUCACAUAAAAUAGGGUUCACAUAUUUUUUACAUUUUCUUUAUGUAAAGAUAUGUGCUGUAAAUGUAAUAUUAUACCUUAUUUUAAAUCAGUGAUGUUCCACAGCUAUUAUGUGUUUUUGCUAUUUGAUGAUCUUGAACAUUGAUGCUUCUGUUCUUAAACUUCCAUGUAGAUAAAUCUUCUGAAAUGUUUGUGAAUAAUCUUGAAAUAAAGAAGAACUUCAU